CUUCAUCUCAAGCUCGCGAACGCGCAUUUCUUUGGCAGGAGCGACAGUCGCGCGCUCCCGUUCGUUCGCCAUAGAAAACAAAGCUAUCCGUGCGCUUCCAUUACAGCUAGCGAGGCAAAUACAGCACAUCUCUUUCGCACUCUCUCUGCAUGUAAACCCAAGAUGGGUUUGCAGCUCGUCUGAGGGCCUUUAAUAGUGAGGCCUGUUUUGAGGUCGAUGAGACGGACGGACGUUCAGCCGACGUCAACGAAACGGUGCUUUCAUUUUUUGCGGACCGCUUUUGUUUCUUAGCGCGGCUAGCAGCAAAGCUCCGAUCUUUGUAUUUACCGUCGCGAGCCGCUGAAGGAAAACCCAUCGCCAUGUUGUUAUCGGAACGGGCUCAGUGAAGAAGGCGACACCGCGAGCGCGUGGAGGAGAUCAUCUCGUCGUUUGAGCCAAACCUGUGCCGAACCUGAGCCCUCGACCGCCGACUGCCUGACUGACUGACUGACAUGGCGGAGCAGAGCUACUCAUGGGCGUAUUCCCUUGUCGACUCCAGCCAGGUGUCAACUUUCCUCAUCUCCAUCCUCCUCAUUGUCUAUGGCAGUUUCAGGUCAUUAAACAUGGACUGUGAGAACCAGGAGAAGGAUAAGGAUGGAAAUCCCACCACUAAUGGCGCCUUCAACAAUGGCAACUCUAACAACAGUUACUUCAUAGGUAUUCAGACAAUAGACUCCACACAGGCGCUGUUCCUGCCCAUUGGAGCCUCCGUGUCUCUGCUCGUCAUGUUCUUCUUCUUUGACUCGGUUCAAGUGGUGUUCACCAUAUGCACUGCAGUUUUAGCGACCAUCGCAUUUGCGUUUCUCCUGUUGCCGAUGUGCCAGUAUCUGACCAGGCCUUGCUCUCCACAGAACAAGAUCUCGUUCGGCUGCUGUGGCCGCUUCACGCUGGCCGAGUUGCUCUCCUUCUCCCUGUCUGUCAUGCUGGUUCUCAUCUGGGUGUUGACGGGACACUGGCUCCUCAUGGACGCUCUCGCCAUGGGUCUCUGCGUGGCCAUGAUUGCAUUCGUGAGGCUGCCUAGUCUGAAGGUGUCAUGCCUGCUGCUCUCAGGCCUGCUCAUCUAUGAUGUGUUCUGGGUUUUCUUCUCCGCCUACAUCUUCAACAGUAACGUGAUGGUGAAGGUGGCCACGCAGCCCGCCGACAACCCCCUCGACGUUCUCUCCCGCAAACUGCACCUGGGUCCCGGCAUGGGACGGGACGUCCCUCGUCUCUCGCUCCCCGGCAAGCUGGUGUUCCCGAGCUCCACGGGCAGCCACUUCUCAAUGCUGGGCAUCGGCGACAUAGUCAUGCCGGGAUUGCUGCUGUGUUUUGUGCUGCGAUAUGACAAUUAUAAGAAACAGGCCAACGGAGAAGUACCCGGCCAGGCGAACAUGUCCGGUCGCAUGCAGCGGGUUUCCUACUUCCACUGCACUCUGAUUGGUUACUUUGUUGGUCUGUUGACCGCCACCGUGGCCUCUCGUAUUCACCGCGCGGCUCAGCCUGCCCUCCUGUAUCUGGUGCCCUUCACUCUGCUGCCUCUGCUCACCAUGGCCUACCUGAAGGGGGACCUACGGCGCAUGUGGUCCGAGCCUUUCCACGCCAAGGCCAGCAGUUCCCGUUUCUUGGAGGUAUGAUGCUCCUCCAACCAGCACAGAUUCCCGCCCGCCCGCCACCCACCGGAGUGAAAGAGAGAGAGAGAGGUCUGAAGAGAGGAACUAAUCUCGUCUUCUCAUCAUCCCUCAUUCCUGUUGUCAUCCUCCAGCCAGUGGAUGAACAGACGUACGCGGACUUCACUGCCAGAUGGAUUCACGCGCUCCUCACGGAUUUUUCAUUCCUUCGCUUCUCUCCAUCCUGUGUCUGAUCCGCUCAAGUCCAUCGCUGGUUUCCGCUACCUCUUUCCUUUCUGGUUCCAUUCCAUCUCUUUAAAUUUUUUUCUCCAUCUCCGCUGUUCUGCACACCCACAUCGUACCGGAUCAGUUGUUCGGCAGACGUGACCGGAGCCGCUUUUUUAUUGUGGAUUUA